GCCUUCAAGUUUUGGGUCAAUGAGACUUCAACUGGCUUGUGUCCAGAUCGCAAACUUCACCCGUUUUCAUUCCAUGGCCAGGACUGUGUUCGUUGGACACCUACAUUCUUUGUGUCUACAUGGCAGUCAGUGCACGGGGCUGGUAGUAUGCCUCCACCGGAUAAGCUUCUGGACUUGGACCCAGACAGUCUGAGUGGGUUCUGCAUAGAGAUGGCGCGUAGAACCUUUAGCGGACAUGAUGCGUCAGGACUCACUGUUGUGCUCGAUGAGUUUCACGACAGAGACGGGCCACUGUGUUCAGAGGGUUGGAGUGCAAUGGACACAAACAGAAUGAUUCCUGUGGGUCUGGUCAUCUUGAACAAAAUCUUUCUCCUUCACAAAACAUACCUUCGGUGUUUCCGAACAAUCUUCAUUUGCACUGACCAUAGACUCAACAAAAUUGUUUCUGCUUGGUGCCAAUCGAAUGUGCUAGAAGCAGCUUGUCGCAUCCUUGAAGAUUCUGGAAUUCCUAUGAAGUCAUUGUGGCUUCGAGAUUGCGAUAGGGAGACAACGCUUCUGCUUGUAGACCUGCUGAACUCCAGCCUGUCAUUGUGUUGCUUACGAGUUGACUUGCUGAGUGUUGAUGAGGAGAAUGCAGGCAAACUUGCAGCUGCUGUGGCAAUGAGUGGAAUCUUAGACGUGUGUCGUUUUGAUUUAUUGUCUGGAGGAACGGGGCAGUCGAUGUUUCUGACUGAAGUAGCAAACAGAUUGAUUGUUUCAAGUGACUUGAAACAGGAUCCUGGACAAAGCACUCCCCUGACUGGUGAACACCGUGCGGAAACAGCAUUACAGGGACAGAAAAAUCAGGUUGAGGCAAGCGAACCCUCACUUCCGUCGAGGUCAGGGUAUGGGAAGAUCCCAUUACAGAAGCUCUAUUUGUCCUGGGAUUUUGGUGAAGCAGUAGACCUUCAGUUUCUCCCAAAACCCGGAUCAGCACAAGCUGUUUUGAGCAUGCGAACAGGGUUGGGCGACAUUGCAGCUCGCUACCUUCAUGACAUUGGUGAGGUUAUCUCCUACGAGCCACUGCCAUUCGUGAUUGUCAAGCCACAGUGGUUCUGCUGUAGAGUUGCCGGGCAGUUGAUCCCAGCGGCUUUCCUCGAGUCAGGAGUUCGCAAUGGUAUUGCAAGCCUGACACUUCUGGAGAGCAUAUUGAGGAGCUCUCUCUCAGAGAAAUGCCGUGUUCAUGUGCAGGAUUUGGUGAAACUAUUGGUGAGGAUGGAGCUUGGCUAUGAGAUAAAUAACGGGCAUGACGCGAUGAUACCAGCUUGCCUUCGGGACAGAAGGAAUGAUGGUGACAUUAGGUGGGAGCUGCCUCGUCCAGAAGGGUAUUGCUGUUUUGGUUUCCGCAUCGAGUGUAUGGAUAAGAAGAGGACAUUGUUGUCAACUGGUUUCUUCCAUCGUUUGCAGGUACGACUGCAUGAGAAGCUCAAAGACCAAGGAGAGUAUAACAUUGAGAGAGACCUGAGCCACAUCAUUGUUAAUGGACUUGGAAUCGAGGUUUUUGUGGAGUUCUCCAACCCUCCUGACGAUUGGAUUGACGCUCUCGUACGAUGCGAGGAUUGCACAAGUGAUGCCAGCAAAGUUUGGGUGGAACAACACAUCCUACAGGUGGUGACCCGACUGUGUGCAAAGCCUAUCGGUUUACCUGGUGUUCAGCUGGUGAUCCAAAUUGUCCGUCCGCAGUGUGUGGAACAGCUUGUCCCUUGCAAAUGCCGUCUGAAUUCACAGGUCGUCGACGAGGCCAAAAUUUUGGAUGGGAUCAAUCAGUGGGGGAUCGAGUCUAAUUACUGCUGGCCUAAGCUUGACCCCAGCCAGAAUUGCAGAGGCCUGCCCAGGUCUGAGAGUUAUGGACUGGAGCUGCUAAGGCCAUCAACACUCAGGGACAGUGUGAUCCAGGAGGGGCAACAGCUCAUACAAGUGCAUAAUGAUUUUGAACUAGGCCGAAUUGGGAGCGAUAGUUGGGCAUCAGGUGCACAACAUGCAGAAGCUCACUGUUCAGCACAUGGCCACCUCUGCUGCGAUGACGAGGUAGUAGUGGAAGGACUGACUGGUCCAUUUCAGAGAAUGUUGGAGAUCAUUCUGGCCAGAGUUGACAGGGUUCACACGGAUGUGAGGAGGAUCGGUCAUGACAUGAAUGAUUUGAAGGGCGCAAUGAAAGAGCUGAUGAGAGUUCAGAAAGAGAUUUUCCCCAGCAUUAGCAGGAAGCUGACGGAUCUGUCAUGUCUGGUUAUGAAGAAACACAAGCAUCGACUGCCCCAUCUUCUCUACUUUACGGAAAAGGACGGGGUGAAAGCAAAACUUGCAACCUGGUUUGGCCACCCUCUAGGUGUCCGUCCGCUUCAACUUCACUUGAUGUGUGAAUCUCGGAGCCAGGUACAUUUCGUGGAUGGCCAACCUGGCAAAAAGGUGUGGAUUCAGGAGGAGGAGAAACCUGGGGUUUGGGUGCUGCUAAGAGCAACUCUGCUGGUGAUGACAGCUUUGCUGAUUGCUGGAUGUGGAACAAUGGCAGGAGUUCAUUGUGUGGCGCCUGAUCUAACAAGCCUCAGCGGCGACUGCUCACCUCUCAUCGCAGCACGGGUGGCUGGAAGUGUGGCAGUUGGAGCAUGCAUGGCUGACAAAGAAAUUAAAGAUCUAAAAGAAAGUUUGAUCAAGGAUUUCGAGGAACAUUGGAAAAAAGGUAAAAGAAUGUUCGAGGAUGGUCCAGAAGAUGAUAUCAACAGGGCUGAGGCAUUUGCAUGGCUGGAAAGAACUCUUGUGGGUGGGAACGUUGACAUCAGAGAGAAAUUCCAGUUAUCAAGAGUCAGUUACAAGGACACAUCCUCAAUUGCAUGGAUUUGUGAUGACUGUUUAGUCAGGGAACAUGGUGCAGGGCAGGUGGAGGUAGUAGUUAAGGAUGAGGCCGAAGCCUCACCCUCAGCUCCACCUCCCCCUCCCCUGACCCCUUCGCAGCGGCGCAAGAGAGAGAUUCAGGAAAAACUGCGAGAGCAACAGGCGCUGCUCGCAGAAGCAGAGAGACAAGAGGCUGCUGAGCUGGAAGCUGCAACAGAUGCUUCCAGAAAAGAGCAUCUGCUGCAGCAGGCUCAUAAGACUUUUGCGGAUGCCAAAGUGGCCCAGUGUACAAGGAACCUGGUUGAGCUGGUACUUUUGCAGGACAAACUUACAGCCAACCAUUUCACAAACUGGGACGAGAGAAUCCAGCGACUGGAGACCCGAGUGGCUGAUCUGGGAACUCAGCAGUCAAAGAUCCUGGAUGCUAUCCAGAAUCUGACUGCUCAGUUAACAGCAGCCAACGUUAUCAGUCCCCUGGUCCCCUGUCUGAAGCCCAAAAAGCCUUCUCAGUCUCCCUCUCCACCUCCUUCUCCACCUCCUAAGUCUCCUCAUUCUUCACACAGAUCUUCUCCCUCUGUCUCCUCCCAGGCCAAAGCCACACCUCCCACCUUUGCUACUGUUGUUGCUGGGGACCACAGAGGUCCCAAGAUUCCUGCCCCCAGCAAAUUCAAGGGGGAUGACCCCAAGAUUGAUGUGGGGGACUGGACUGCUGGAACCCGGGCCUAUCUGAAGGGGUUCCAGUGUCCAGAGCAGCAAAAGGUGGCUACCGUUGUGGGGCUGCUGGAGGGGCCUGCCCAGAAAUGGGGUACCUCUACAACAAGUGCCCAGAGCCAGACUUUGGAGGAUUGGGCAUUGGCACUGGGGGCUGACAAGCUUUUGCAGGCCCUGGAAGACCGGUUUGCAGACGAAGAAAGAGUCUGCAAGGUUGUUGAUAAAAUUGUACGCCUGGUCCAGCAGCGUUACAGCGGUAGUCUGCAGGCCUUGUUUGCUGAAUUUGAACAGCUAACUUCCACCCGUGGACUAGUUAUGUCUGCAGAUGACUUGCUGACUAACUUUUGCAGGGCUGUGCCUGAAAAGUUCUGUGUUGCUUUGUAUAGCGCCGGUCAUGAAGACAGGAGAUCGUUUGGACGUGCAGUAGUGGACAUGGAAGCCAAGAUCCAUGUCCAGGCCCCCUCCAGUGAUAGGAGGAGAGGCGCCUUCCCUUGCGGUGGUAGAAAGGGAAAGGCGGCCUUUGCUUAUGCGGGUUCUGGAUCAGCCUCUGAGACAGGAUCCCAGCCUGGUACACCGCCUGCUGGGACUGUUUCAGCUGCUGUUCCAGAUGUUGCAGCAGUUGUCCAGCAGCUGCAGGAUGCGCUGGGGGCCUUCCAAAAGGCCGGGUCUACCUCCAGCACAGCCUCCAACAGCAAGGGGAAGAGCCAGGGACGUCGCUCUUCAACCCCUGCCCAGCGCCCUAAUCUGCCACGUGACGUCCAUUUCCCAGCAGACCCCCUCAAUCCCAACACCCUUCCCUGGCAUGAUUUGAAGAUCCAGGAAGGGGUGUGGAGGAAGAGGAAGGAAAAGGGAGUCUGCUUGAGUCCAAAAGCUGCAUCUGGCAUGAAAGUGGUGCAGCUGCAGCAACCGCUGCAGGUCCGCAUAGGGGACUCCACUGUUCUAACUAUCAGGGAGAAGGUCAGGGGUAUCCCUGUCACCUUCGACGGCGCUGGAGAAGUCAGACACAGUCUGAACUUCUACAUCUUCCCUGAUUUACCCUUUGAUCUGGUUUUCUCCAUGCAGUGGCUGAGAGCAGUCAACCCAAGGAUAGACUGGCAGAUCCCCAAGGUUGAGCUGCCAAACAGCAAGGGGGUGUAUCAGCCUUGUAUGAUUGCAGCUGAUCACCACCCUAAGACAUCUUGCUUCUGCUUGAGAGCGAGAGAGUUUUAUGCUCUCUCCCGCCAGUACGACCAUGAGCGUUUGUUCAUAGCUCUGGUCAAGCAGACAGACGCUCCUUCUACUCCCUGUCCUCCUGAGAUACAGCAGGUUGUGGACCAGUACGCUGAUCUGAUGCAGGAGCCCUUUGGGUUACCCAACCGGCCAACCAAGCAUCACAUUGAGCUGCUGCCUGGAGCGGUCCCUCCCAAGGGCCGCAUCUACAGGAUGUCACCUGCUGAGCUUGAGGAGCUCAGGCGACAGCUUGAGACCCUGACCAGCAAAGGCUGGAUCAGGCCCAACACUUCUGAAUUCGGUGCUCCAGUCCUCUUUGUUCGAAAAGGGAGUGGUGAGUUCAGAAUGUGCAUAGACUACAGGGGUCUCAACAAGAUUACUAGGAAGAGCACAGAGCCACUUCCUAGAAUCGAUGACCUGCUGGACAUGGUCCAGGGCUGCACUAUCUUCAGCAAAGUCGACCUCAAAUCUGGCUAUCACCAGAUUGAGAUGGCAGAGGAAGACGUCCACAAGACGGCCUUCAAAACCAGGUAUGGUACUUAUGAGUACCUGGUAAUGCCAUUUGGACUUUGCAAUGCACCUCGCACAUUCCAGACUGAGAUGCACCGCAUAUUCAGGCCGUACCUGGAUAAGUUUAUGGUUGUCUACCUGGAUGACAUCCUGGUAUUCAGCAAAACUACCAGGGAACAUGCGGAGCACCUGGCUCUGGUUCUUCAGUCGUUACGUGACAGCCAGUACAAGAUCAACAAAGAGAAGUCCUCUUUUGGAGUUCCCUCUGUGAUCUAUCUGGAUCUGCUGUAUACUUACAGCAGAGGAGAGAAGCGCUUGUGCAUCCCUGAGGAUCAGCAGAUGCGGACACUGCUGAUGUCAGAGUGCCACGACGCACGUGGACACUUUGGGUUCCUAAAGUCGUAUGCAGCCCUGUCGCAGCGCUUCUUCUGGAAGGAGAUGCGGAGUGAUAUGCUGCGCUAUGUGGACACCUAUGAGCUCUUCCAAAGGAACAAGGUUCAACGUAAACCUCCUUUGGGAUUGCUCAAACCCUUGCCCAUACCUGAUGGUCCUGCACAGUCUGUAUCCAUUGACUUUACAGACUUAGGCAAGACCACCCCUCGUGGCAUGCGUCAGCUUAUGGUCUGCGUGGACAGGUUUUCCAAGUACGCAGAGGUCAUCCCCUUUCAAGAGGUAGCUAGGGUACCGGCUGUGAGAGCAGCCUUUUCUCAGAGGUGGGUCACGCACCAUGGACCGCCCACCUCUAUUGUCAGUGACCGAGACCCCAGAUUUUGCAGCGAUGAGUGCCAGUCCUACUGCAAGGACUAUCUGCGCUCACGCCUGGACAUGACUUCUGGUCGUCAUCCUGAAGCCAAUGGAUUGGCUGAAGUGAUGAACCAAGUCCUGUUCCAGUUGCUACGUCCUGUGAUCUCUCCAGAUCAGCAGGACUGGGAUCUCCACUUGGCGAGGGCACAACUCAUGUAUAACAUGUCUGUCCACUCCUCGACAGGGUUCAGUCCCUACCGACUACAUUGGGGACGUGAGCCACGACARCCUCUCGAUGAUAUCAUCGACAAGGCUAAGCCUGACCUUACCCCAGGCACGACAGAGUUCACCAGACGCUAUCGUCUGGAUGUGGAAAGAGUCAGGGCGAACUUGUUCAAGGCCCAAAAGGCCAUGAUUGAACAAGCAAGCCGCCACAGGCGGCCUUCCCCCAUCCGCACUGGUGACUAUGUCUGGGUGGCCAGUUCUGAGUUGUCGAGGGAGGAGGAUAUUUCUCCCAAGCUGUUGCCGCGCUACCUGGGUCCGUGGCAGGUUCUAGAUACAGUGGGCGCUGAUCCCUUCGGUCCGUCAUACGUCAUUGACGUUCCGCUGCAUCUACAAACCUAUCCGGUCUUUCAUGCAUCUAAGCUGUUGCCUUUUACGCCAGCUGAUGCAUUCCCUGACCGACCCCCUCAAUGGGGCCCACCAAUCCCUGGUAAGGGAUAUGAUGUGGUGGCCAUUGAGGAUGAGUGGGGCACAGGCCCCGACCGACAGUAUCUUGUCAGGUUCGCUUUUCAGCCCCCUUCUGAGAACCGGUGGUUCUACAGAAGAGACCUGAUCAAGACAGCAAAAUCUGUUGUUUUGAGGUAUGAGGCGGCUCAGAAGGGUGACCUUUGCCAUUCACCUCGUCUGCACCCCUAGCUCGGAGGUCCUCGCUCCCGGGGAGGGUAAGCCUGCAAUGACUUGCUGAUUUCUGCUGCCGAGAUUGUCUGCGAGGCUGUACACUA